AUGUCCGGCGUCUGGGGAUGGUUUGGAGGCGGGGCGGCGCAGAAGAAGGACAGCCCCAAAAAUGCCAUCCUGGAUCUGCGCUCGCAGCUCGACAUGCUGCAGAAGCGCGAGAAACAUCUCACGACCCAGAUGAACGAGCAGGAUGCCAUCGCGCGCAAGAACGUCAAUACGAAUAAGAACGCCGCGAAGGCUGCUCUGAAGCGCAAGAAGGCACACGAGCACAGUCUAGAGCAGACGGCCGCUCAGAUCGGGACGUUGGAGCAGCAGAUCAACGCUAUCGAGUCCGCCAACAUCAACCGCGAGACCUUGGCCGCAAUGCAGAGGGCCGGCGAGGCCAUGAAGCAGAUCCACGGCAAGCUGACUGUGGACAAGGUGGAUGAGACCAUGGCACAACUCCAGGAGCAGAACGCGCUGAGCGAAGAGAUCGUCAACGCCAUUACCAGCAACCAAAUCGGCGAGCCCAUCGACGAAGAGGAAUUGGACGAGGAGCUGGAGGCUAUGCAACAGGAGCAGUUGGACGAGCAGAUGCUCAAGACAGGCACAGUCCCGGUGGCGGAUUCGCUGAACAGGAUGCCGGCCGUGGCAAAUGGCGAGAUCAAGGGCAAGACACCAGUUGCCGAGGAGGACGACGAGGAGGCCGAACUCAGGAAGCUGCAGGCCGAGAUGGCCAUGUAA